CUCAGCCUCAGAAUAAAUAAAAAAUAAAGGAGGAAAACAAAAAACAAAAAGGGUGUGGAUUUUCUCUCUGACUCUGAUUCUCCGAAUUUAAGAUCGAUCGUACCUUUGAUUUAUUGGAAAAAUUGCUCCAGUCGGUGGUAGCAGGGAAAUGUCUCCUUCUGUUUCAGUCCAGGAAAAAGGAAGUAGGAACAAGAGAAAAUUCAGGGCUGAUCCACCUUUAGGGGAGCGAAAUAAGAUUAUUCCUGCACCUCAACACAAGUGUCUCAGUUAUGAAUUCUCUGCUCAGAAGUUUGAAAUAACCCCAGGUCAUGGGCAAGCAGCAGCUGCAUGUGACCUGUGUAGUGUUAGCCAAGAUCAUCAUGAGGGAUUGAAGCUUGACCUUGGAUUGUAUAGUUCUGGAAGUUCGUCUGAGGUCGGGCCUAGUCAACCUAAGGAAGAACUCGAGGCAGAUGAAUUCAACGAUGCUGAUUGGAAUGAUCUCACAGAAGCCCAGUUGGAAGAACUUGUCCUGAGUAAUCUGGACACCAUUUUCAAGAGUGCAAUUAAAAAAAUUGUUGCAUGUGGCUACAGUGAAGAAAUUGCUACUAAGGCCAUCUUAAGAUCCGGAAUCUGUUAUGGAUGUAAAGAUACUGUGUCUAAUAUAGUUGAUAAUACUUUAGCAUUUCUUAGAAACGGCCAAGAGAUUGAUCCUUCACGAGAGCACUGUUUUGAAGAUUUAGUGCAGCUUGAGAAGUAUAUCUUGGCUGAAUUGAUUUGUGUUCUUCGUGAGAUUAGGCCAUUCUUCAGUACUGGGGAUGCUAUGUGGUGUUUGUUAAUUUGCGACAUGAAUGUGUCACAUGCUUGUGCAAUGGAAGGUGACCCUUUAAGUAGUUUAGGUAGUGAUGGCACUGCUGAUGGCUGUACAUCUAGCCAAACAGAAUCACAACCAAAAGCAGCAACCAAAGUCCCUGAGUUGAGUCUUCCAAGUCCUUGUAAAUCAAUUCCUGUGGGUUCUCAUAAUUCUCAUUCAAAGAAAUCCUAUGUGGCAGGAAUUCCUGGUAGGAACAACUUAAAGAAUUCCCAAAUGAUUGGUGGACUCUUGGCGAAUGAGGGAUCCAGUUGUGGAUCUAAUUGUGUUGAUAAAGCAUUUAGUUCUGCUGGAACAUCUCAGGAAGAAAAGUGUGGAAAUGUUAGGAAGGUCCAUUUUGGUAGCACCAAGAGGGACUACUUUCUUCGGCAGAAGUCAUUUCAUGUAGAAAAAAGUUAUCGGACUUAUGGAUCUAAAGGGUCUUCUAGAGGAGGGAAGUUGAGUGGCUUGAGUGGUCUAAUCUUGGAUAAAAAACUUAAAUCUGUCUCAGAAUCUUCUACCAUAAACUUAAAGAGUGCAUCCUUACAAAUAAGUAAGGCAAUGGGAGUUGAUGUGACUCGAGACAAUCUUAAUGCUAAUUUCUCAUCUAAUACUGGAUCAUGUAUCCCCUCUGCAUUUAGUCUGGAUUCUCCUGAUGCCGUUACUAGAUCAACCAAUACUUCAUAUGCAGUACAUGCUACAAAUACUAUACCUGCGUUCAGUAGCCGAACAUCCUUAUCAGCUACGGAUACUGAUCUUUCCCUUUCAUUGUCUUCAAAAAUCAAGCCUUCUACAGAAACUGUAUGCUGCAAUAAUGAGGCACCUAAUAGUAGUUAUAUGAGAAUACCAUAUGACAAGUCCCUGGGGCAGUGGCUACCCCAGGAUAAAAAGGAUGAGAUGAUUUUGAAGCUGGUUCCAAGGGUUCGGGAUUUGCAAAAUCAGCUUCAAGAAUGGACAGAGUGGGCCAAUCAGAAGGUUAUGCAGGCUGCCCGUCGGCUGAGUAAGGACAAGGCUGAGCUUCAGACACUGAGGCAAGACAAAGAGGAAGUUGAAUCUCUUAAGAAAGAGAAGCAAUCUCUGGACGAAAAUACCAUGAAGAAGCUUUCUGAGAUGGAAAAUGCCUUGUGUAAAGCUAGUGGGCAGGUAGAGCGAGCUAAUGCCGCUGUCCAAAAGCUAGAGGUGGAGAAGGCUGCCCUGAGGAGAGAGAUGGAAGCUGCUAAGCUACGUGCCACAGAAACUGCCGCAAGCUGUCAAGAGGUCUCAAGGAGGGAAAAGAAGACCCAAAUGAAGUUUCAGUCAUGGGAAAAACAGAAGUCCUUGUUUCUGGAAGAGCUAAUUAUUGAAAAACGAAAAUUGGCGCAGCUGUUGCAGGAAUUAGAGAAAGCUAGAAUGCUACAGGAGCAAGCUGAGGCUAGAUGGCAGCAAGAAGCAAAGGCAAAAGAAGAACUUCUCCUACAGGCCAGUUCUAUAAGAAAAGAAAGAGAACAAAUUGAGGGGUCAGGAAAAUCCAAGGAGGAUAUGAUCAAAUUGAAAGCAGAGAGGAAUCUGCAAAGGUAUAGGGAUGAUAUUCAUAAACUUGAAAAAGAAAUUGCCCAGUUGAGAUUAAAGACUGACUCAUCGAAAAUUGCUGCACUGAGGAUGGACAUGAAAAAUGGCACUGCUCUGGCCGAACCCCGGACUUCAUUUAUCUCACAACUAGUCAUUGACUACUCAGUGACAGGAGGUGUGAAACGGGAACGGGAAUGUGUGAUGUGCCUUUCCGAGGAGAUGUCUGUUGUAUUCCUCCCAUGUGCCCAUCAGGUUGUUUGCACAACAUGCAAUGAGCUCCACGAGAAACAGGGUAUGCAAGAUUGUCCUUCUUGCAGGAGCCCCAUCCAGCAGCGUAUUGCUGUUCGUUUUCCUCAUACUUAAUUUUUUUCUGGAGUGAGUUGAGUGUUUUGAAUAAUAAUGUCUCAGGGACUAAGCAUUCAAAUCAUGCAUCUCGAGAGUUGAGAUACAUUAAGUUGCUUUCAAU